AUGUUGGGCUUAAUUGCUCUCUCAUUUAUUGCCUACUUAGCUGUCACACAAGCCUUUCCCAGGGAGCCAGUUCCUUCAAAGCAUAUUCCCUGUGGACAUUCAAAUGGCUGUUCUCCCGAUCCGUGGGCUAAGCUCUAUCCUUCACCGGGUGCCGUGGUGGUGGACAAUAGCGCAAAUCCGUACCCAGGAUCAUUCUCGACAGUGCAAGCGGGUGUCAACGCUCUCAAUAGUACAGCGACCCGUCCGCAAAGUCUUUUUAUCUUUCCUGGAACGUACAGAGAGCAAGUUUAUAUCCCAAAACUUAAGUCGAAUUUGACUGUUCAAGGCCACACCCAUAAUUCGAAAGGCUACGAGCAAAACACUGUUACAAUCACCUACAAUCUUGCUCUCAUCAACACUACGAACGAUGAUCUUACAGCAACUCUCCGCUUGUGGAAUCCUAAUACCAAAGUUUACAACCUUAACGUGGUCAAUACAUUUGGGCACAUUCCCAAGAACGGUCAAAACUUGGCCGUUUCUGCGGAGGCCACCGGCCAGGGCUAUUAUGGGUGUCAACUGAUCGGAUAUCAAGAUACGCUGCUUGCCGAAACUGGACUGCAGCUCUAUGCAAAAUCCCUGAUUGUUGGUGCAGUCGACUUCAUCUUUGGACAAGCUGCUCUUGCAUGGUUCGAAAAUAUUGAUAUCCGUACUAUUGCCGCAGGGUCUGUCACUGCUUCAGGCCGCAGCAGUGCUACAAACCCGUCUUGGUACGUGAUUAACCGAUCAAAUGUUUCCGCCAUCAACAACACCAUCCCAGCUGGUGUCAACUACCUCGGUCGGCCUUGGGGCUCCUUCGCCCGGGUAGUCUUUCAAGAGACCUACCUAGGGAACAUUAUCGCUCCCCCCGGAUGGUCACAGUGGUCAACGAGUACGCCCAAUAUUGGCAAUGUCACAUUGGCAGAGUUUAACAAUUACGGUCCUGGAUCAGCUCUUCAACAAGGCUCCAGAGCAAAAUUUAGUGAACAGCUAACUCAGCCAAUUUCUAUACGGUCUAUUCUAGGAGAGCAUUUUGAGAAUGAGUGGUGGGUAGAUACUGCUUAUCUUGAUAAUAACGAUGUUACGACCGGGGCAUCUACCUGGACGACAACUACUAUUCCUACAUCCGGUUCAACGUUUGCAUCUUCUUCGAUCUCUAUCUCGUCAUCUUCUGCUCCAAGUACUAUAUCUACUGCUGCAACAUUCACAUCUUCCGUGACUUUCAGCAGUGCUUUGACUCUCACCACAGUAUCCUCGGUUUCCGUGCCUUUGAUAUCUCCGUCUGUAACGACCUCAACUCCAAUGGCAGCUUCCUCAGCCACAUCUUGCAUAUGCACGGAUUAUUCUCAAAUAUCAUCCGCCGUCACCUCAUGUACUAACAUUGUUCUAUCCAAUAUCGCUGCUCCAAACGGUUCCGCAAUCGAUCUAUCUGGUCUCCAGGCUGGAACUACGGUGACUUUUGACGGCUCAACUACCUUUGGAUUCACAAAUUCCUCCAGUUUCAACCCAAUGACCAUCAGUGGCGUUGGUAUCACCAUCACUGCGAACCCAGGGGCCAUCAUUGACGGCAAUGGUCAAGCAUAUUGGGAUGGUCUAGGCUCCAAUGGGGGUGUUCCCAAGCCGGACCAUUUCAUCGUGGUCAAGAGAGUGACCGCGAACUCAGUAGUGAAGAAUUUGUAUAUUCAGAACUGGCCGACUCAUUUGUUCUCAAUUUCCAGUUCCUCAGACGUCGUCUUCCAGGACUUGGUUUUGAAUAAUACCGCAGGCAAUGCUCCCAAUGCACUUAGUAGCGGACUCGCUGCAGCACAUAAUUCUGAUGGAUUUGAUUUAAGCUCAUCGAACAAUAUCGUCGUUGAGAGAACCCUUGUAUACAAUCAGGAUGACUGUGUGGCGAUCACAAGUGGCGAUAACGUGACCGUGUCAAAUGUGGAAUGCCAUGGUGGUCAUGGUCUCAGCAUCGGAUCGGUCGGUGGCAAGAGCAACAACAACGUAACGAACAUUCGGUUCGCUGAUUCCUCAGUCAUCAACUCCCAAAACGGAUGCCGUAUCAAGACCAACUACAAUACAACUGGCUACAUCGCCAACAUCACUUAUUCCAAUAUUGUAAUUAGGGAUGUUUCCAUCUAUGGUGUCGACGUGCAGCAGGACUACCUCAAUGGUGGGCCAACUGGGACACCAACAAAUGGAGUUUUCAUUGAGGAUGUGCUUUUCCAAAAUGUUACUGGAACAGCGACUUCAUCGGCGCAGGACUAUUAUGUUUUGUGUGGUGACGGUUCCUGCUCGAACUUCACGUUCACUGACGUUGCGAUUACUGGUGGUAGUAGGUCAAGCAGUUGCAAUUAUCCUAAAAGUGGAUGUCCCCUGGCAUCGUGA